AUGUCGCCGGCCACCCGGGCGGGUUUGAGCCCCAAUGGAAGCCCCAAGCCCAAGCAAGGGGAGCUGUCGGCUCUCCAGGCCGCGGCGCAGAGGGAAAUCGCCGCCGCCGCCGGAGCGGGGGCGGUGGACGCGUCGACGGGGGUGGCGGUAGGGCACGUGUCGAACUACUUGUCUCUGCGGCUGGACCGGCCCCUGGAGGGGUGCCAGCUGCGCCCGCGGGUGUACGUGUACUCGAAGCUCAUGACCACGACGGGGGUGGCGAACAAGGCCUACAGCAACACGGACCACCGCUUCCAGUACACGUGGAGUCGAGGGCCAGAGCGACAGGUCUGCGCUAACGCGAGCUGUCCGCGAGCCAACAGCUUCAGCCCGUUGGAGUGGUCCAAGUGGGCUCUGCAGGGAACCCGCAUCCAGUGCGUCCCGUGCCACAAGCUCAGGGUCCCGCGCCACCGCUCGGUGUUCUGCAACGUGACGUGUUUCAAGGAGGCCUGGCAGAGCCACCGGCAGCACCACGAGCACGUCCGGCGGCAGCAGGCGCUGGCCACGGGGAAGGAGCAGCCACCAGCGGCCUCGGAGUUUUCCCUGAGCCCGAAGAAGGCGGUAGUCGUUGCCGGAGCAGGGGGGGAAGGGGAAGGGGGGGAGGACUUGCUCAAGCCGGAGGAGGAGGAGGAUGUCCCCAUCAACGCGCAAGUGAUGGACGAGGAGGAAGAGUGGACGAAGAUCUCUGCGGACAGCCUGUACACGCCGAAGGAGGAAGACGUGGGGCACUGCCUCCGCCUGGAGUGCCGGGCGGUGUUGCCCACGGGGGAGGAGGUCUGCACUCCCAGGAUGAUCACCACGGAGCCUGUGCUUUCAACACCGCCGCUACCGCCACGGCGAUCGUUGGUGACGGUCAAGGGGGUUGGGAGCGGGGGGGGGGUACGGUUUCGGCUGUGCUCGUACAACCUGCUGGCGGAGAUUUACGCGACGCAGCAGGCUUACCCGUAUUGCGACUUCUGGGCGUUGUCGUGGGGGUACCGCAAGACCAACCUGCUGCGGGAGCUGCUGGAAGCGGGCGCCGACGUACUGUGCUUGCAGGAGGUGCAGUCGGACGCGUACCAGCAGUUCUUUCAGCCCCACCUUUCGGAGAAGGGGUACGACGGUCUGUACAAGGCCAAGACGAGGGAAGGGGCCAUGGGGAAGGUGGACGGGUGCGCCAUCUUCUGGCGGCGGGCGAAAUUCCGGCUGUCGGAGAACUACACGGUCUCGUUCAACGAGUGCGCGAGACGGGCCGUUGCGGCGAUGCCGGGCCUACCCCAGGAGGAGGGGCACCACUUCCUCAUGCGAGUCAGCAAGGACAACGUGGCACAGGUGGCGGUGUUGGAGGUGCUCCAGCGACCGCGGGGGCGGCAGGUCCCGGCGGCGGCGGCGCAGCUGUGCGUGGCCAACACGCACCUCUACUCCAACCCGGAGCUGCCGGACGUGAAGCUUUGGCAGUGCAACGCGCUCCUCCAGGAGCUGGAGGGCUUCGUGCACAGCCGACAGCUGCCGCUGCUGGUUUGGUUGUUGCCUUGCGUGGCGCCGGAAUGUGAUUCGUUUAGUUUUGUAUCGUCGUGCUUGUGCUGCCUCACAUGGUGCUCAAGCAGCGAUUGUUCGGUUGCGGUAGGCAUGUCGUUGUGA